AAAAUAUUAAUCUUUUUUAUAUUUAAAAAAAGUAAAAAGAAACUUAGACUUAUAAUUAAUUAUAAAAGAUUUAACGAAAUUAUUAAAAAAAAUUAUUAUUUAUUAUUUUUUAUUUUAGAACUUAAGGAAAUAUUAUAUAAAGCUUAA